AUCCCCUCAUUUAUGGACCCCUCCCUCACGUCACAAAACCCUAUAUCACUCUCAUACGAUUUUUGUUUUUUCAUAUUUUUCCUAACAUUUUUUCUGCAGAAAUCCCUAACCCUAAUUCCCCCACCAAGAUCCAACUUUUCUCUGAGAUUCCUUUAAGCUGCAAAUAUGGGAGAAAACAAGGAGAACGAUGCUUAUGAAGAGGAGCUUCUAGACUAUGAAGAAGAUGAUGAAAAAAUCCCUGAUUCCGCUACUAAAGUCAAUGGCGAGUCCGCCAAAAAGGGUUAUGUUGGGAUUCACAGUUCAGGUUUCAGAGACUUUCUUCUAAAGCCAGAGCUAUUACGGGCUAUUGUGGAUUCUGGGUUUGAGCAUCCUUCCGAAGUGCAACAUGAGUGCAUUCCACAAGCUAUUCUGGGAAUGGAUGUUAUUUGCCAAGCUAAAUCUGGAAUGGGCAAAACUGCUGUUUUUGUUCUUUCAACUCUGCAACAGAUUGAACCUGUCGCUGGUCAGGUUGCUGCCCUGGUUCUAUGUCACACUAGGGAAUUAGCUUAUCAGAUCUGUCAUGAGUUUGAGAGGUUCAGCACUUAUCUGCCCGAUAUCAAGGUUGCUGUUUUCUAUGGUGGUGUCAACAUCAAACUCCAUAAGGAGCUUCUGAAGAAUGAAUGCCCUCAUAUUGUUGUUGGAACUCCUGGAAGAAUACUUGCAUUGGCAAGAGAUAAGGAACUCUCUUUGAGGAACGUGAGGCAUUUUAUACUAGAUGAAUGUGACAAGAUGCUUGAAUCACUUGACAUGAGGAGAGACGUGCAGGAAAUCUUCAAGAUGACUCCUCAUGACAAGCAAGUCAUGAUGUUUUCUGCAACUCUCAGCAAGGAGAUUCGCCCGGUUUGCAAGAAAUUCAUGCAAGAUCCAAUGGAAAUUUAUGUCGACGAUGAGGCCAAGUUGACCCUGCAUGGACUUGUACAGCACUACAUCAAAUUGAGUGAAACGGAGAAAAAUCGGAAGCUGAAUGACCUGUUGGAUGCUUUGGACUUCAACCAAGUUGUUAUUUUUGUCAAGAGUGUGAGCAGAGCAGCAGAGUUGAACAAGUUACUUGUGGAGUGUAAUUUUCCAUCUAUCUGCAUCCACUCAGGCAUGAGUCAGGAAGAAAGACUGACGCGCUACAAGGGAUUCAAGGAAGGGCAUAAGAGAAUUCUUGUGGCAACUGAUUUGGUUGGGAGAGGCAUAGACAUUGAAAGGGUGAACAUUGUUAUUAACUAUGACAUGCCAGAUUCUGCAGAUACUUACCUUCACAGAGUGGGUAGAGCUGGUAGGUUUGGAACUAAAGGUCUUGCCAUAACAUUUGUGUCAUCUGCAUCAGAUUCUGAAGUUCUCAAUCAGGUUCAGGAGAGGUUUGAAGUGGAUAUUAAAGAGCUUCCUGAGCAGAUUGAUACUUCUACAUACAUGCCAUCGUAGGGGGGAUGAGGUCUUCCUUGCAGAUGUCUUGCCUGAAGUCGUGAAGUGGCAGUGAGGUUUCCUGUUUGUGUAUCAACAUGGUUUUGAAUAUUGAGCUGAUUAAUUUGAAGAAUUGUGGAGACUUGCUCUGCUUUGGCACUUCCGGAUUUGCUGUACCCUUAAUGACUUUAUGCUGUGUUUCUGCAUUAGCAUAAAAAUGUCUCAAUGUUAUGAUAUGGGAGUUUAAGUUCUGUAGUUAAAUACCCAGAUGAAUUAUUCCGCAUUAGUUUCUUGUACUUUUGCUAGCUAAUGUCAUAUAGCCGGACCAGAGCUAUUUUCCUCAGAAGUUGUGCCUUCGCGAAAUGGUCUUUGGCAGCUUGUUUUUAGGCUGGUAUCAUCUGCUGUAAUUGCAGAAAUAUCAACAUGAGUUUCUGUGA